AUGAAUUCGAAUGAGAGUUAUGAACCUGAUAUUAAAAUUGAAAUUCAAAAGACACUGUUUUCCAUUAAUGGGAUGACAUCAAAAAUAAAAAAUGAAUUAAACGUAAUAAAUGACCUUGUAAAAAAGAAUGGACAACUUCACACUGCCGUAGUUGAUGCAAAUGAAAUAUUAACUACAGUAGCAAAGAAUAUGGACAUAGAUGUUAAGAAUGUUUUGAGUGACAAUGAAAAUGGAAAUACAUUGCAAUUCAAUUUAAGAAAUGCUGUAUCUUCUGCUGAUUUCCAAGAAAAAAUAUUAACAUGCUUAAAUAAUAUGUAA